CCACGUCAACAGUGCCACGUCAGCAGUGCCACGUCAACAGUGCCACGUCAGCAGUGGCCCGCCACCAUGACGGGCUCAACUCUGGGCAUGCUAGGCCAACUGGCCAACGAGUCCAUUGCCGAGUACCGACAGCGGUUCCAGACUCAACUCGCACUGAUCGAGGUUGAGGAACAACGCCAAGUGGCAGCCGAGGCUGUCCGCCUACAGGCUGAAGCGGCGGCAACAGCUGAGAAGCAGCGGCUUCAGGCCGAAGCAGACGCAGAUACCCAGGCACGCCGCAAGGAAGCCCAGGAUCUGCUACAGCGGCAUGAAGCCACCAGCAUCGAAAAGCUCAAGUUUUGGCACUUUGAACCUUCCGAGGAGCACGACGACGCGACACCGGAGGAGCAGCAUAAGGAAUUUUUGGCCAAGCUCGUGACCCGGUUGGUUUACACCUGUAACCACCUGCAAUCCGAGCUGGCGAAUCUCCGACGGGCGGUGCAGAACCACAAGGGUCUGCACGAGGAUGCUACACGGGCACUUGAUUCCCGUGUACAGGACUUCGAGCAAUCUGCACCAAGACCAGAUGCUGGCGAGUCCAGCAGCGCMCCCUCUACCCGCCAAUUGGAGGAACGAGUUGACCACGUAGUUGCAAUGCUCGGCGACAUCAGUACCUUCGCUGCACCAGCCACCAUCAGCAAGCAGCUGGACACCUUGAAGACCGAGGUUCAGCAACUGCACCAGUUGCCUAACAAGGAGGGCAACAACACGCAGCAUUACAAGAUGCCGACAUUCCAAAUCGAGAAGUUCGAUGAUUACACGCAUCAAGACCCGGUCAUCUGGUGGGAGGGCUUUACGACGCAACUUCGGAUACUGUUCGUCCCCAAGCACUCGUACAUCGGCGCGUUGUUCCUCAACUCAAAGGGCGGAUGCCAGAUCUGGUUGAGCCACCUGGCAACCGUCCACGGCGUCGACGUCGCAGAUCUGAAGGAUAAGAUCUCUCGGGAAGAGUUAACACGGCUAUGGAAGAAGCGGUUCAUCGUGGACGACGCCCCGGCGCUCGCCAUCAACCGCCUCUUCGCUAUGACGUAAGGCAACACAUCGACACGUGACUGGCUCACGGAAUGGCAAAAGAUCGCAGCGACGCCGGAUCUUGAAUUGCCAUUUUCG